AUGUAUUCAAAUUUAUCUAAUAUUUUAAAACUCAAUGCAUAUGAUAUGUUUUUUCAUACAAUAUAUAUAAUUAUAUUAAUAGAAUUAUUGAGUUUAAUAAAUUCAGCUUAUGGAAGACAAAAUAUACCAUUAAGGUCUAAAGAGGCUGAAAUGAAUUCAGUAAAUUCAUCGUUUGAAUAUCUUGUUGAUGAGGAAAGUAUUUAUGCUUUGAUUCUAAAAACAAAUUAUAAUAAUGAAGCCAAAUGCAAAGAAGAGCUAGAAAAAUAUUGUGAAGAAUUAAAAGAAGUAGAUCUAAAUUUAGAGAGUGUUGAUAAUAGGGUUAAAGAGAUUUGUAAUGAUAGAGGAAAACUAGAAAAAAAAUGUCAGGAUCUAAAAACUGAGUUUACGAAAAAGUUAAAGAAAAUAGAAGAUAAAGCUAAACAAUUAAUAGAUGAUCCUAAAGAUGAGGAUUGCGAAGAAUAUGAAGCAGAAUGUUUAUUUUUAGAUCAAAGCAGUCCUUUACUUUCGUAUUAUUGUAAUAAAAUGACUAAUGAAUGUUAUAAAAAGAAACGCCAAAAAGUAGCAGAUGAAAUUCUUUUUAGAGCUCUUAAAGGGACAGUUAAUGAUACAGAUAAAUGUAAAGAAAGAAUAAAAGAAGUUUGUCCAAUAUUGAGCAAAGAAAGUGACGAGUUAAUGUUGUUAUGUCUUUAUCCUGAUAGUACAUGUAAAAAGCUUGAAAAAAAAAUUGACUAUUUUUGCAAUUUUUUAAGAACAGAAUUGAAUAAUAAUGAAUUAGAGGAGAAAUGUCAUGAAAGGCUUGGAGACUGCUAUUUUUAUGGUGAAAAUUGUAACAAAACGAAAUGCGAUGAAGUUAAGAAGCAAUGUGAAGAAAAAGGAAUUACAUUCAAAAUUCCAGGAUCAGAUUUUAUUCCGAUUAAGCCAAAAGUAACAUUGUUAGAGGAGAUUGGACUGGAAGAAGUUUUUAAAAGAGCAAAAGAUAAAGGAAUUAUUGUUGGAAGAUCAGGAGAAAAGAAGUUGGAAGAUAUGCUAUUAUUGUUAAGUAAAGAUGAAAAGAAUAAGAACAAAAAAUGCGCUAAAGCGUUAAGUGUAUGCAGUACUUCUGACUAUUUAGCUAGUGAGUUGAAGACUUUAUGUGAAGAUAGUGAAAAAGAAAGUAAAUGCGAAAACUUAAUGAAUGUAACAAUUAGAUGUUCAAAUUUCAGAUCAAAGCUUUACACAAACAAAUUGUCACCAUAUUCUAAUAAUAAGGAUGCGGAAACUAUUUUACGUCAUUUGCUUCCUAGAUCACUUACUGAAGAAGAAUGUAUAAUGUUUGAAUCAGAAUGUUUUUAUUUAGAAAAUAUAUGCUCAGAAAUACUUAAAAAAACGUGCAAGAAUCUAAGAGCAGCAUGUUAUAGAAAGGGGCAAGAAGCAAUACUGUAUGAAUUGUCUAAAGAUCAGUUGCGUGGAAAGUUUAAUUUAAAAUCCGAGAAUAAAAGCGUUAAAGAAUGUCAAAAAGAAGUCUUAAAGAAUUGUAGAAAACUUAAAGAAAAUAAAGAACAGAUUUCAAGAUGCAUUAAACCAAAACAAGUAUGUCUUGAGUUUAGUGAGGAUAUUUCAACUCGAUCGAAAGGAUUAAAACGAAAUUUGGAUAUGAUACGGGAUUCUUUUACAAAAAAAGAGUGCGUUGAAUUAAAAAAAAGCUGUGAAGAUCUUGAAAAGGAUUCAAGUCUAAAUUAUUGGAACUGUAUUACAUUGAAUAUACGGUGUAAAUAUUCAGAAGUUGUAGAAGAAUUGAAGAAUAGAUUUCUAAAAGAAAAAAAAGAUACAUUAAAAAACCAAGAAAAUUGUGAAAGAGCUUUGAAAGAAAAAUGUGAUGGAAUGUUUAAAAAGGAAACAAAUCUAUUUAGAAUUUCAUGUGUUUUACAGAAAGAAACAUGUCAAUCUAUUCGCAAAGGCAUGGAAAGCCACUGUCAUUUACUUAAAGAGAAUAUAGAAAACCAGAAUAUUCUGGAUGAAAAAAGUGGAAAAGGAAAUGAAACAUUACUUGAAAGAAUAUGUUUAUUAUGGAGUCCAUAUUGUGAUCAACUUAUGGAAAAUUGUCCAGACCUAUUGAAAAAGGAAAGUAAUGGGAAUGAUGGGGUUUGUUUAAAACUUAAAGAAAAAUGCAAACCAUUCCGGGAAAAGGAGCACUUAGACGAUGAAUUGACUUAUAAAUUAAAGGGCAAUUUAGGGGAUAAUGCUAAAUGCAAAGUAGCGUUAGAAAACUAUUGUGUUCAAUGGAAAACAGGAACGAAUGAUACUUUAAAAAGUCUAUGUAAUACUAAUAAAAAUAUGAAUGUUGAGAAUGAAAUUUGUAAAAGAUUACUGGAAAAAAUAGCGGAAAAAUGUUCAACUUUGAAGACGAAUCUAGAAAAAGCGGAAAAAGAAUUACAAGAGAAAGAAAAAGAAUAUGAAAAAGUAAAAAAAGAGACAAAGGAAGCUAUGGAAAAGAGUGGCAUAUUCUUAUCAAGACCUAAAGAAAGUCUGGAUCAACAAAGUAUACAGGCAAAUGCAGUGAACAGCAGUGUACUUUUGUCGUCUAUUUUGCCGGAAAAUUAUUUAAACAAACUAUCAAACGCCAAAACAAAACUUAGAGUUAUUCAAAAAUCAUAUGUAGACACAGAAACUUCGGAAGUAGAAAAAGAAGGGUUUAAUGCAGUGGUGAGAAUAUUGGAAUUGUAUUUAGAAUUCAAAGAGGAAUGCAAAGUCUUGCAAUUGGAUUGUGACUUUAAGAAGGAUUGCCCGGAAUCUGAAGAAGUUUGUAAAAAAAUAGAGAAACUAUGUGAACUGAAGCCAUUAGAAAUUAAACCUUCUAAUGCAACAAUAAUGACAACAACAAUAGAAGGAUCACUUUGUAAUGUAACAAUGGCAACAGAACCAGGGAAAACGACGGAAAAAACAAUAACAAUAAUAAAGACUAUGAAUGAAACAGCAACAAAACAGCGCAGUACAAUAACACUUACAAGAACAAAGAUUAUAGGAGAAGGGAAUUUUACGUCACUUUGUGAUAUCAAUAUACAGGAAACAAAUGUAUCAUUUUAUACAAGUACAUUGACAAGUACACUGACAAGUACACUAACAAGUACACUAACAAGUACACUGACAAGUACACUGAUAAGCACAUCUAUAAUAACAUCGACAGUGAGAUUGACGUCGAUACAAAAAUGUAAACCUACAAAAUCUAUGAUAGAUUCGACUAAAGAAACACAAAAAGAGGAAGAGAAAGAGGAAAAAGUGAAGCUGAAUGAGGGGAUGAAAAUGAGAGUUCCAGAAAUAGUAAAAAUAAUAUUAUUGGGAGUGAUGGUUAUAGGAAUGUUAUAA